AUGCGUGUCUGGACCGGCCUCUUGCUCUUGACCCUAUGCGGAUCAGCGCUGGGAUUUGAUUUCUUUGGCCUUUUCGGGAGUAGUGAUAGUAGCAGCAGUAAGAAGAAGUCCAAACAUCGAGAGGAAACCCCCGUCGAUGACAAGAAUGCACAGGUAACUGAUGAGUAACUGGAACGAUUAGUAAUCGAAACGGGUCAUUAAGGGGUCAACUAAAUUAUUUUGGGAUUAAAACGGAUUAAUUUGUGGAUAAAUUAUGGAAAAUGUUUGAAGAUAGAGUAAAGAUGAUUAUACAGAUUAUACUAGAGAUAUUUGAUGACUAAUAUCAAUUAAUUUAAGGAAUAUUUGUACAAAUUUGGAUAUGCGGGACCCUCUCAGAUCCAGGAAUCCAGCUUUGGAUCGAAGCUGCAAAGCGUCGGAAAUACUUUUAAAUCGGCCAUAAGGUAAGAAAAAGCAUUCUAAUCAACUUUCACUUAAAAAUUAAAUAUAAUCAUCUUAUUUCCAGGAAAUUCCAAGAGUUUGCGGGUAUAAAUCCAACGGGAGAAUUGGACAUCAGGACGAGGAAGAAGAUGGCCGAGCCCAGAUGUGGAAUGAUGGACGUCCAAGCGCUCCAAGUCACUCGAGGUAACACAUUUAAAAUACUUAAUUCUUGUCUUACAUUUAUUCCAGAAGACGCCUACAAAUGGAAGAAGAACCCUCUAACUUAUUCGAUCUUUACAUAUUCAUCUGAUAUUCCGCAUGAUCAAGUAACGUAAGUCCAAUAUGUUUUAUAUUAACCUUAAUUCUAGCCGAGCAAUCCGAAAAGCCUUCGAUGUUUGGUCCGAAGUUUCACCCUUGGACUUUACCGAGACCUCGAAUCACAAUGAAAACGCCGACAUCAAGAUCAAAUUCGCCUCGAGAAAUCAUGGAGAUCCCUGGCCGUUCGAUGGGAAAGGUGGAGUCCUGGCACAUGCCACAAUGCCUACAAGUGGGAUGUUGCACUUCGAUGAGGAUGAGAAUUGGGUGUUCAUGGAUGCGGAGAAGAUCGCCAACUACGGAUACACAGACGUUUUUCCAGUCGCGAUCCAUGAGAUUGGCCAUGUUUUGGGACUGGAACACUCCCGAACCAAGAACAGUAUCAUGGCUCCCUUUUAUCAGGAAACCGUGGACGACAAUGGAAAUUAUGUCAUGCCAAAACUGUCAUCUUACGAUAUCCAAUCGAUCCAAGACAUCUAUGGUAAGCACCAUCUAACAGGGAGAUCAUAACGAGUUGUUUAGGCCCCCGAAGAGGUGGCUUCCGACCAUCAUCUGACUCUUCUGGUGGCAGUAAUUGGGGUGGGAGUAGACUAAACACAACUCCCAGACCUCGAACCACCACCGAGUCAUCGGAUGACGGCUUGUUUGGAAGCCUCUGGUCCAAAUGGAUGGGCGGACGAAGCUCGGACAGAGAUCGGAACAGAACUCCCAAAGAAUGGACGGAUUGGGACAGCGGAAGAUCUAGCUCUGGAGGAUCGGAUUCGGGAAGCUUUUUCGGACGAUCGGAUUCUGGCCGAACCCGAAGCGGGUCAUCGUCAGGGGGAUCAACGGAUUCUGGCUUUGGAUCUUUCUUCGGAGGGUCUUCUGGAAGAGGAGAUUCGAGUGGAAGUGGCAGCUUUGGAUGCCCAGGAAUGGUCGAUGCUAUCUCUCCGAGUAGGUGGAACACAAGAAUUUUUGAGCACAUAGGUUUUAUGGUUUUCACCUUACUUGUCUUCCAAUGGUUAGUAAAAUAGCAGCACUGGCCCUAACAUCGCAGUUAUGGCUUCCUAACGACUUUGAUUGGUAGCCAAAAGUCUAGCUCUUUGGCUAGCCAUUUGGGCGAUUGAAUAAGCUGAUUACAAGCCAUAAGCCCGAUCUGACCGAACAAAAAAAUUUCCUAGAUGAAAUUUAAUGAUUUUUUCUAAUUACAUUAUUUUAGACCCAUCCGGCACUGUAUACCUCUUUUCUGGCAGUAAAGUCUUCGAACUCCGUGAUAAAACGAUUAUAAAACAACAUUCCCUUCGAACUCUGUUCCCCAACGGCCCUAUUUAUGUUGAAGCCGCCUACCUGAACAAGAAUGAUCGAACAAUGGUCCUUUUCCAGAGCUACAAAGUAUACGUUUUUACGUAUUUCGCUGGCCGAUACUCUCUGGAUUUGAGUUAUCCCAAAUCACUGCCAAGAACUGUUUCUUUCAACCCGACUGGAGCCAUCACUUGGAGCGAUGGACAUCAAUUUAUCUUUUCGGUAAGUUCACACGGCGGUUUCAAAGCAACCCUUCGAAUGAGCGAAAAAAAACUUUUCGAAAAGAAAGGAAUGAAACGGGUGCAAAUUGCGGGACCAAGUUAUACGAUAGAAGUUUUUCGAGUUACAGUGCAAAACAAAGACAAGCAAUUUAUUUGCGUGUAACAGGGUAUGUAAACGGGUCUAAAUAGGUGAACUAUUCAUAAUUAUAUCGAAUUAAAUAAAAAUGUGAGGUAUGGGUUCAACCGUGAUGAUCAUAAUCUUCGGAUUCCAUAAUUACGUUCGCGAUGUUUCGCCGCUUAUAAAAAGCAUGUCGACGUUCCGUUUCUACUAGACUAAAAAAGAUCAAAGAACACACUGAGCCAAGAGAGUCCGUAGUAAGAUUGCCCUGGAAGUUACACUUCAUCUUCAUUAUUAAGGAGAGCUUUACAGCUACCUGACGGGUGCAAACAUUUGGCCUGUGUGAAUUCCGUUUAUGGGAAUUUUUUUUCACGACGAUCGCUCUUCUUCAAGAUAAUGAAGAUAAUAAAGGAAUUUGGCAUAAUUACAAGGUUAUGGACCAUUUCAGUCAUAAAACACAUGUGCAAUAUUGAGGUUUUGUUUCAAAGUGUUUGUUCUCUAUCGCAACUUUGUUGCUUUAAAAUACCUCAUUUAAAAUUCAGAUCGUUUAAAAUAGAAAUACUUACCUUCCCGAAUGUCGGACAUUACAAGGAGGCACAGUUAUAGCACAUUUGCGCAACGUUUUCUAGUUUACAAGGUUUUUAAGCGGAAGAAGAGGUCUUUAGAACUCAUUUAUGGUAUGGCUACUGUAACCUCAUAGUCUUACAAUACAAAUAAAUUUUUUAGAAUUCGUAUUACUGAAUAUUCUAGAGAGUCCUAUACAAAUCAUGUUGAGUUAGUUCAGCUGUCUCAAGUGUAACAUAAAACAAGAAAAAUGUAAUCUACAGGUUAAGUACAAUUAACAACGUCAAAAGCGUUCACGUAUCAACUUUAUUUUAUGCAAAUUUUGUGGUUGUCAACAAUUCCUACGAUUUUACUGCGAUUUCUCUCCGCCAAUGUCAUGAUUACCGUAUCUUUCGCUUUAAACAAUGGUUCAAAAUCGAAGUCGAUGAUCCAAAUUUUUUAUGUAUAGACAAUCGCUGUUUGAUUAAGUUUUUAAAUCUCUGGUCGAUUUUUGAUUAAAGGUCUCAUUAAAGAGAUACUGUAGUUUUAGUGACAUUUUUCAAACCUCUGAUUUUUUGGUGUUUUUCAAAAGACUAUAACUCCUAGUAUAUCCCACCGUUUUUUACAUUUAAGGUGUUGUUCGUUUUGUCAGGAGCUUAGCUCUGUAACUAGGCUAUCAGUUUUUCCAAAUUUCACCGUAUACGUAUGUUACACCAGUUGUAAAAUACGGUUUUUUCGGCUUUAAACAACAUACCUCUAAAUCCAACCAAUUUUCGAAAUCUUUAUGCCAUUAUAUCAGUAAAGUAAUGCUCUUUCUUAAUCUCUGGUCGAUUUUUAAUCCGACCCUUACCAACAAAGUUAUGACAAAAAAGGUCGUAAAAUCGCCCUUUUCCGCUCCGCGAGCUGCCGCCAGGCUUCAAAAACGAGACCAAACGAAGGAAAUUUUUUCCCUUUGUUGAAACCGCCGUGAUUCAGGAGGAAAAUUUGAGAAAAAUUAUCGGUGGAGAGAAAGACUUGGCUCGAAAUUUGAUUCGGUGUAAAGUCUUCCUCUUGGAUUGAAUAAGGGUUGUUGAAACGUUUUCUUGGAGGAAAAUCGACUGUUUUAGAUAUAAGUGUGCUCUAUUUGUUAUAUUUGAGAUAUUUAAUUUCAGCGUGCCGACGAUUUCGCUACUUAUGACGAGUAUUGGAACGAGGUCCUAAAGGAAGACAAAGUUUCUCGCUAUUUCCCUGGAUUGCCCCGAGGCAUCCGAGGGGGUCUUCCUUCUUCAGGAUCUCGAGUCACAGUCUUCACUCGCGACAAAGUCAUGGAUUAUGAUACGAGUCGAAAAAUGGCGGUAGGAUCCGGCCAAAGUAUAGGUUCCUAUCUCCGAUGCUGA